CGCGACUGGUUGGCAGAUUUUGGCAGCGAGAGUGGAGUGGACUGUGAACACACACACACACACACGCGCGCGCGCACCUAAGAUGUGGAGGUAACCCGGUUACACACCUUUUGCAGGUGUAGAGGCAGAAGCGCGAGAUGUUUGAUGGUGUGCCUGUAGAGAUCCCUGGGUGGAAUCCUUCUCUCCAACGAGCUGUGACCUGCACAGCUCCCAGCCGUCUGUCCAGGAUGUGAAUACGGCGUCGGCUUUCUGCGGUGAGCUGGGUUUCGAUCGCGAGGAUGGGUUUGACGCAUAAAGAUGGACGUUGGUGCGCUGAGCCGGCUUGCCGGGCCUGAUCUCCGUCCUCAGGCCUCUCUUUAACAUGAGAGCCUGUUUAAGCUCUCUGCUGCUGGGCCUGUUUGCGCUCCAGAGGAGCCUCGCCAGCCCGUCUACAUCAGGCCUGGGCUUAAACACACACACUCACAACCGAACCAGACUUCCUGUGGGUUCUGUACUAAACACACACACUCACAACCGAACCAGACUUCCUGUGGGCUCUUUCCUAAACACACACACUCAGAAUCGGACUAGACUUCCCGAGGGAGGGAAGGACCCCCAUCACCGGCCCAAGAGAGGUUGGGUGUGGAAUCAGUUCUAUGUUUUAGAGGAGCACAUUGGACCGGAGCCACAAUAUGUCGGAAAGCUGCACUCCAACUCAGAUAAAGGUGACGGCUCGAUCCGGUAUCUACUCUCCGGAGAAGGCGCCGGUACCAUCUUCAGUAUUAAUGAGUCCACAGGAGAUAUUCAUGCCACCAAGAGCUUGGACCGUGAGAAGAAGAACCACUACGUCCUCCACGCUCGUGCCAUCCACAGCGUCACACAUCACACCGUGGAACCUGAGUCCGAGUUCAUCAUCAAGGUUCAGGAUGUGAACGACAAUGCUCCUACCUUUCCCAACGGCCCUUUCGCUGCCUCCGUCCCUGAGAUGGCCGACAUUGGAACGUCGGUUAUCCAGAUCACUGCCACGGACGCCGACGACCCCACGUACGGCAACAGUGCCAGGAUCGUCUACAGCAUCCUGCAGGGCCAGUCAUAUUUCAGCAUUGACCCCAAAACCGGUGUCAUUAGGACAUCACUGGCAAACAUGGAUCGAGAAACCAGAGAAAUGUACUCCAUCAUCAUCCAAGCCAAAGACAUGGCCGGCUCCGUGGGGGGUCUUUCAGGGUCCACCACCGUCAACAUCACGCUCACUGACGUCAACGACAAUCCACCCAGGUUUCCUCAAAAAAACUACCAGCUGUAUGUUCCAGAGUCUGCUCAGGUUGGGAAAGCUGUGGGAAAAAUCAAAGCCAAUGACGAAGACCUAGGAAUUAAUGCAGAAAUUGAGUAUAAGAUCACCAAUGAGGAAGGGGCAGCCAUGUUUUCCAUCUUUACUGACAGUGAUGAGAGAGAAGGGGUCAUCUCGCUGAAACAGCCUCUGGAUUACGAGAAGAAAAAAGUCUACACGUUAAGCAUCGAGGGAGCGAAUAUACACUUGGACCCUCGUUUCUUGCACCUCGGACCCUUCAAAGACACCACCAUGCUGAAGAUCAUCGUUGGGGAUGUAGACGAAGCUCCGAUCUUCCCAAUGGAUUAUUACAUCAUGGACGUCUACGAGAACGCUCCGGCCGAGACGGACGUCGGCAUCGUGACUGCUCAAGACCCCGACAACGCCAGGGGGAAAAUCAGGUACUCCAUUGACGAGAGCGCAGACGGAGAGACGCUUUUCAGUAUCGAUGAGAACAGCGGCCUGAUUAAAACCACAGCGAGUCUGGAUCGAGAGGGCGUGGCCUGGCACAACAUCACUGUCAGUGCUGCAGAGGUUGACAAUCCCACGUUGGUUAGCUCCGUCCCCGUCACAGUCCAAGUCCUGGACGUAAACGACAACACGCCGUACAUCCAGAGCGACAGUGACAUCAUCCUGUGUGAGAGCACCAAAGCAGGCCAGGUCAUCCAGACCAUCAGGGCUAUGGACAGGGACAACUUUGCUAACGGACGCUUUUCCUUUGCUCUGCCGGAAGACUUUCCAUCUAAUCCGAAUUUCACCCUCAAGGAUAACGAAGACAGCAGUGCGAAUAUCGUGGCCCGGCGCUGGGGCUUCACUCGGGCCGAUCAGGAGCUCCAUCAGCUGGCCGUGGUGGUGUGGGACGGAGGAGAACCAGCUCUCAGCAGUACCACCACCCUCACGCUGCGUGUGUGUCAGUGCCAACGUGGCCUCCGAACCCCGACCUGCCGACCUCAGGCCUUCUUCUCCUCCGCUGGCCUGAGCACCGGGGCUCUCAUCGCCAUCCUGCUCUGCGUCCUCAUCCUGCUGGCCAUCGUGGUGUUGUUCGUCACCCUGAGGAGCAAAAAGAGUAAAAAAGAGACACUGAUCAUCUCCGAGGAGGACGUCAGGGAGAACGUGGUGACGUACGACGACGAAGGUGGAGGUGAAGAGGACACAGAGGCCUUCGACAUGGCGGCUCUGAGGAACCCCGAGGCUGCGGCGGAGGCUCGUAAAAAACGUAAGAGGAGAAAAGAGGAGGUUCGGUGCGAGCCGUACGUGUCCGGAGGAGCGGAGACACUGAGUCCGUCCUUGUCCAUGCCUAUUCAGGACAUCCAGGAAGCGAUCCAGUUGAAGGUCGAGGAGGCGGAUCAGGACACGAGCGGCCCACCGUAUGACUCGCUGCAGACUUAUGCGUAUGAAGGCCAGGGAUCUCCGUCCGGCUCCAUCAGUUCUCUGGAUCUUUCCGAUCCCCCGUAUGAAGCCGAAGCACUCGACCUGGACACCUCGUGGCCUGACGUUCACUCUCUCGCAACACUGUUCCAGGAGAGAAGCAACCAGCACACGCUUUAGUGUCCCAAAAACCCCAAUGUGUCUUUUUUUUUUUUCUCAUCGGUGUUUCGGACGCUCCUGAAAGAAACGCUGUUCUGUUUUUACUUCUUUCUUUUUUUUUCCUGGGAUUAUUUUGACUAUUUUUUUUUUGGGAGAAAAUGUAAACACAAGGACCAACAAAGGAAACUAUUUUCCCUGGUGUAUAUUUUAUAUUGCUUAAUAAAGUCCAUGAUUGUGGAUAAAUAAAUCAAA